AUGAAGGCCUCCGUCGUUGCUGUCCUCUCCUUCGUCUCGUUCGCCUUCGGCAACGUCCUGGUUGAGCGUGCUUGCGCUGGCAACAACUGCAACCGUGCCGUCACUGGUACUCGUGAUGGUCUCGAGCCCUUGAGCGUCCGCUCUGCCGACUGCUCCAGCUUUCUGCUGACCACUGUCACCCCGGCUGCUACCACCGUCACCGUCACCGUUGACGAGGAGCCCACCACCGCUGUUGUCAAGCGCGACUUCGCUCUUGAGAUCCGCCAGGCUACUGAGGUCCCGACCGCCAUCCCCACCUACGCCGCCGUCUGCUCCAGCGCUGAGAAGUACGCCUCUGCCUGCUCUUGCUUCGGUGUCACCGGCUCUGUCACCACCGCUCCUACUCCUACCGUCACUGUCACCACCACCAUCGACUACUGCGAGGACCUGUAA